UGUGCAAAUAAUGCGUUAAGAAUGAUGGAGGGGUGAAGCAUAGGGUAAGGGUGUCCGAAAGCAGGCUGCUGGGAGCGCGGCGUGGUUGUUAUGAAUCAGCCAGCCACCGGCUUGUCCCACGUCAACAAACCCUCCAUCGUAUCAUCAUCAUCGUCUUGUUCUUGACGACCACACACCGCUCUCCAGUUGAUAUUAUUAUAAACAAAUCAACAGCUUACUGAAUCAGAAAUGUCUGGAGGCAAAGGAAAAUCUCACGGAGGAAAGGCCGGUCCCAGAGAAGGACGUGCCCAGAUUUCGCAUUCGGCGCGCGCUGGAUUGCAGUUCCCUUGCGGACGUGUCAAGCGUUUUUUGAAGCACAACUCGCAGAACAAGAUGCGCGUUGGAGCUAAGGCUGCGGUAUAUGUUACAGCCGUGCUCGAGUAUCUGACUGCUGAGGUUCUCGAGUUGGCUGGAAAUGCCGCGAAGGAUCUCAAGGUGAAGCGUAUUACUCCUCGCCACCUGCAGCUUGCGAUCCGCGGUGACGAGGAGCUCGACACGCUGAUCAAGGCCACUAUCGCGUAUGGUGGUGUGUUGCCGCAUAUCAACAAGGCGCUGCUCAAGAACGUUGAUCCGAAGAAGAAGAAGUAGAGGGUGUCGGGUUUACCUAUGAGGGCUUUGUUGUUUUGUUAUUGUUUGCGCUGAGAGUGUACGAUGACCAGAGUGGGCUUGCUUGUGUAAUGUAUUAGUAGUAUUAUUAUUUCUUCUUUUAUCUUUCUUUUCUUCUGUUAUUCCUUCUAUAAUUCUAUAUUCUAUGUGACCAGAGUUCUUGAAGAUCUUUCCGACGCGCAGCCAUUCGCAGCAGCUGGAUUUUCCCGUGCCGGCGUGCGUCUGGCUGAGAGGGACGGAAGCGUACGCACGUGCUCGCUUCCGGCUGUGACUCGAGUCACACGUGUUGGGAGUAAAUCACGUGUGCACCGCAGUCGGUGCUGGUUUGUUCCCAGCGCCAAACCGGCCUGCUUUGAUCUUCCUUCCCCCACCA